AUGUAUUCAUACCAACCCCUGUUACCCGUCGCAGACAACAACUAUCAGAAGUACCGCCUGAUACUUAAGCGCAUUCCCGAGCAUCUGCACGUGGUCCCGUUUCUGGGUGUGUGGCUGACUGACAUAACAUAUCUCAGCACAGCUCUGGCGGAUAACAAACCAGAGUUACGUAUAAAGACAGAUAAGAUACUGAACGAGGUGUAUGGAUACCAGUGCCGCAUGAACCAUCUGAUGUCCAUCUUUGGCCUGAGAUCAUACUUAAUGUACACUGCCUGUAUGGGCGAUGAAGAGGAGCAGUACAAACGAAGUCUAUUUUUAGAACCUAGAGACGGCGACGCUACUAGCGGUCACUCACCGAAUGCAAAUAGACUCACAGUCACAUCUCCAACUGGAGCAACGAGAGAUAACGUCAGUUUG